AUGAGUUUCUUUAACCCAAUGAUCAAUCAUCCAUUCACAGGAUCUGCAAAUUUGAAAUUAACAAAUGGGAUAAUGCAAUCUCUUGGAAAACAGUCAAAGUAUACUAAUAAUCCUCAAGUUAUUGUCAAAACAAAAACACUUCCAAAAUCUUUUACUUCAGGUAUUAAAACAAAAAGUUCAAUUAGGACUUUAAGUGAAAUUAUCCACUCUAAUCCAAAGAAAGAAUUUAAUUAUCAUCUUAGUUCUGACCAAGAACUUGUGUUAAAAGCAGCAUUAGAAGGAAAAUCAUUCUUUUUUACUGGAGCUGCUGGAUGUGGUAAGUCAUAUGUGUUAAGUGCAAUUGUUGAGAAAUUAAAACAUGAUAAAGAAGUUUAUGUUACAGCUAGUACUGGAAUAGCAGCAUGUAAUGUUAAUGGAAUGACAAUACAUUCAUUUUCUGGAAUUGGAAAAGGUGAAGGGAGUAGUUCUGAAUUAUGGGAUAAAGUUAAACAAGAUAAAAAGGCUUUAAAAAAAUGGAAUAAAGUUGAGGUAUUAAUUAUUGAUGAAAUUUCAAUGAUUGAUGGUGAUUUAUUUGAUAAACUUGAGUUUGUUGCAAGAAAAGCAAGAAAUAAUAAUUUAGCAUUUGGUGGGAUUCAAAUGAUUAUAUGUGGUGACUUUUGUCAACUUCCACCAAUAUCUAGAAAUGGAACAACUAAAUUUGCAUUUGAAAGUAAUUGUUGGAAUAGAGUUAUUCCAUACUGUUAUUAUUUAACUACAGUUCAUCGACAAAAUGAUCAAAAAUUUAUUACUUUAUUAAAUGGUAUUAGAAUAGGUGAAAUUAGUGAUGAAAUGGUAAAUUGUCUUAAAGGGUGUUGUGAUAAAGAAUGUAAACAACAAUGUACUCAUUUAUUAUCUUAUAUCAAAGAAGUUGAUGAUGUUAAUACCAAAGAAUUACAAAAGUUACAAGGAAAUGAAGUAGUUUAUCAUUCAGUUGAUACUGGAAAUUCAAUUUAUUUAACUUCAAUGAAAAUUACUGAUGAACUACAUUUAAAAGCAGGAGCAUUUGUAAUGAUUAAUAAAAAUAUUGAUGUUGAACGUGGUCUUGUAAAUGGGAGUGUUGGAAUUGUUAUUGGUUUUGAUAAAACCUCAUUAUUUUCUGGACAACCUGUUCCUAUUGUUCAACUCAGUAAUAGAACUUUACCAAUUAGUGAGUGUAGUUGGGAUAUUGAAUUAGGAAAUCAACUUGUUGCAAAAAGAAGUCAAAUUCCAUUACAAUUGGCAUGGGCUAUUUCUAUUCAUAAAAGUCAAGGAAUGACAUUAGAACGUGCAGUGAUUAGAAUUGAUAAUGUCUUUGAAACUGGGCAAGCGUAUGUUGCUUUAUCAAGACUAAAAUCAUUAGAUGGACUAUAUAUUGAAGGAACUGUAAUAAAAGAAAGAAUUAAAUGUAAUGAAAAAGCAAAAGAAUUUGAUCUAUUUAUUAAAAAUGGAAGGUACAAUGCGCUUUUUGGAGAUAAAGCAUCUAAACCAAACUCUUCAAAUCAGGUAUCUACUCUUAAUCAAUCUGAAGACUCAGGUAAAACAAAAGAAAUGGUAAACAAUGAUAUUAUGGUAAUUGAAGAUGAUACUACUUCAAUUCAUGAAGACAACACUAUCACGCAUAAUUUAGAAAUUAUACCACCUCUACGCAAGAGUUGUGCAUCAUUAAUGGAUUUUGAAAAUGAAGAAGAUGAAGAUGGGUUUGUUAUGAUAGAGUCAUUACAAAAUGAUAUUUUAAUAAAUAAAACAGAACAAACAAAUACCAAAAAUAAUACAGAGGGAACUAAAACAGAAUUAGUAUCACCAAAUAAAAGUGUAAUUAAUACAAAAAUAUUUACUGAAUUAGAAAAUGAUUGGGAAGACAUUGAGAUUGAUGAUGAUAUUCCAAUCAAGCCAAGGAGAAUAACCACUCCCUUACUUUCUUCAAACGACCAACAAACAAAAAAGAAACCAUUAUUUUCUUCUGAAUUAUUUAAUAGGGGAAAUAGUAAAAUUUAUAUAGAAGCACCUCAAAAUUUAUUAAAAGAUCAUGAGAGAAAAAAUGGAAGAUUAUCAUUUUCUUCACACCCUCCUAAUUUAGAAGGGAUUAAAAGACCUCACCAACCACCAACAAACGAUACACUCCCACCUAUGCAUCAAACAUUUGAAGAGUUAAUUACAAAUAAAGAAGAACAAAAUGAAGGUUUAGAGCAAGAAGAUAAAAUAAAUUAUUUAGGUGUAAAUGAAAAUUGGAGAAAUAGCAUAAGUGAAGAGCAUUGUUACAAUAAUGAGUUUGAAGAGAAUGAGGGAGAAAGUUUAGAAAAAUCAUUAAAUGAAGAUGAUAUGUGGAUGAAAUUAUAUGGAAAAGAUAUAUUUGAAGGAAAUUGUUCGAGUUAUAAUGAAAAUAAAUCAAAUACUGUAGGGGCAAAUAGAAACUCUUCUGAAAUUGACUCAGAACCAUAUGAACCAAAAAAGAAAACACAGACCAUUGAAGAUUUAUUGAGUGAAAAAGAACUAGAAAGUAUUCACCAUCGAGGGAGUAAGACAGACCCUAUUAAAAUAGAUGAUUUUGAUAUAGAGAAUCAUGAAGAAUAA